AUGUCGAGUGCGUGUGAGAGUGAAGAGGUUUUCUAUGAUAGUGUGGAUCAAUUAGUGCCUGAGGAUUUGGUGUGUGGAAAUUCAGAGUAUGACAUGUGGUUGAGUGAGCCAGAGUGCGUGAUAAAAAGAAGGAAGAAUUUUCUAUCAACAAUGGGGUUUGUAGAGAGUUCGGCUUUCGCCGAGGUUGAGGGAAAUUUUAAAUCUCGUGAAACUAUUUCCAGUCAUUGUAGCUUGUCGACUGCCACUGACGAUGCCUUGCUGUUCGAAAGGCAGAAGUCGAAUAGCGAGGCAAAUUGUUCGGGUGCUAAUUCUGAGCAGGAUUGGCUGGACCACAUAAUAAUUGGAAAUCUGGUUCCUAUUGACAAAUGUGAAGUGAAGAAAGAUGAGAAUUGUGUGGGAAAGAGACCCAUCACUAGUGAAAGAAAGACGAAAAAGUUGAGCUGGUUGAGAUACUUGGAGCAGAAAAUGAAGAAAAAUGCAAACUUAUUUAAGGAAUCAAAAUUACAAGGUGAGGCAGAGAAAUUCUGUCGGGUGAAUGUAGAACAUAACUGGAAAAAGUAUAUAGAGUGUACAGCUGUGUAUUCUGGUCAAGAACUCAAAGCCCACGAUGAUUUGAUUCGGGCCAUGAAAUUCAGCCCUGAUGGGCAGUAUCUGGCUAGUGGCAGUGUGGAUGGUGUGGUUUGCAUAUGGCGAGUUGACUCAGUGGAAGCUUCUUCCUGGCCCGGUUACUGCAGUUAUGGUGAAAUGGGAUUGGUUAGUAAGAAAACAAAGGAAGUUCAAGCACCAGUUGUCUUUCCUGAAAAGAUCUUCCACAUUGAAGAAAGCCCAUUGCAUAAGUUUCAAGCACACAAUGGUGAUGUUUUAGAUCUGGCUUGGUCCUCAUCUAAUGGAUUUGUUGUUGGUUCUGUUUCUGGCAGUUGCCGGUUCUAUGAUAUAUCAGGCGAUGAGCUCGUGCUAAAAACAGAGAUAAAUGUCCAAGAAAAAAGGAAAUCAUCUGGUAACAGAAUCACAGGCAUUCAGUUUUUGAAAAAUGGGUCCCAAAGAGUGAUGAUUGAAUCCGAGGGCUCCAAGAUUCGCAUAGUUGAUGGACUCAAGGUUGUGUGCAAGUACAAAGGUCUCCCCAAGUCAGGCUGCCAGCUGUCAGCCUCCUUGACUUCAAGCGGGAGGCAUAUAGUGUCGGCUGGGGAGGAUUCGCGCGUGUAUCUGUGGGCCAUCAGCACAUCCAAACAGCCCAAAAAAUCCAAGCGCUCGUGUGAGACUUUUUUCAAGCGUGGGGGUGUGUCGCUUGUGUUACCCUGGACGCGUCCCGAGUCCAGUUCUACUAUGUGUGGGCCCCACAGAGAAAUGGGAACAUUGUGGGGUUAUAAAUAUUCCAAACAUUUCUCACUCUCGAGCUGCUUCUCGACCAACGGCCGGUAUCGGGCCUGCACGACUUGGCCCGAGGAAAGGCUGCCGCCUCUUUGGGAUUUGUGUGCGAAAGGGAGGGAUGGUUUGUGGGGUCUGGUUUUUGUGACGGCCAAUCAGGACGGCACAAUCGCAACAUUCCAUAACUAUGGUUUGCCAGUUAGAAUGUAA